UGUUCAAUCCCGUGAAUCGGACUCACAUCCAGUCCAGUAAUAAAACGAUCGUCAACAUGAAAAACACGGGUAAUUCACAACUUACAACGGGUUAGAUUCUCAUUUACACGUGAACUAGAAACCGUUCGUCGCGUUAUUCCAUUCUAAACCACUGUUACAAAACCGAUAGAUCCAAUAAUAUACAGUUCAGCGAAAAUAAUGUUAUGACAGGGUUCAGGUCCAGUGCUUUAGCGGAUCAGUGCUAAGUUAUUAGUAUGACAGUGUUACUUUUUCGAAUUUGUUGAUGUUUUUCAGUGGACAGUGUGGAUAAUCUACUAGAAAGGUUUGACAGUGACGAUGAAGUGGCCACAAUGAGUGACGGUGUGCCUUGGUGGUUAGGGUGAGGCGGGUGGGGGAGCGGGGGAAGAGAAGUAGUAGGAGGAGUAGGUAGAGGAGGAGGUGGAGUCGAGAGGGAGAAGAGGAGAAGAGAAGGAGGUCUGGAUGCGCCCCGACUCUGGUUGGCGUGGCCUCCUCUCCGGUGAAGACGCUGCUAUGCUCUGCUGUGGACGCAAAAAGGAGGGUCGGGACCUAGCUACAAGCCCACGCAGGCAGGCCAAUCCAGGCAACAAUGGAGGAAACUUGCGACCCAAGGAGCCCCCUCCCAUGGUCGUUCAGGGUGACUUCAGAAAGGUGAGUGGAAUUUCGACGGAAAUCUUCCGGCAGCUGGAGACAGUUGAGAACGACCAUGACGCGACGACUGCAGCCGCACUGGAGGCGGUUGAACGACGCGGCGAAAUGGUCGUGCGGCUGUUGGACACCUCUUCCCUUCUACAACAGAAGGUGGGAGGUGCCCAGCAGCUUCAUAAGCGAUUCAUGGCGAUGGAAGACACGAGGCAUGCAGUCAAGUUGGUGGAAAUUGUCAAGCGGCCCGGACAGACUUUGGGACUCUACAUACGUGAGGGUAACGGAAUCGACCGUUCGGACGGAGUGUUCAUCUCGCGCAUCGCCCUGGAGUCGGCCGUCUACAACUCGGGCUGCCUCAAGGUGGGCGACGAGAUCCUCGCCGUCAACCUGGUUGACGUCACUCGCAUGAGUCUCGACGAUGUCGUUAUCAUCAUGUCCAUUCCAAGGCGUUUGGUGCUGAUAACGCGGCAGCCUAGGGCGUCAGGCGCCGGCAGUCACAUGCAGAUGAUGGCCACUCAGCCUAGGCAGCUGGAGCCCAAGCCUCCGCCCAUCGUUGUCAUCAAGAAGGAGUUGACGCGUGACGAGGGGCCUGAUGACGAGGAUGACGAUAACGGACAUUCCGACAUCAGAAGAGACCACCAUCAUCACCACCAACAGUCGCAACACCACCAGUCGCAACAGCAACAAGGACACCACCACAUGAACGGUGGUGACAGUGGUGACAGACGGAUGCAGGCCUCUCGCUCACAACUGGGUCUGGGCAGUUUGCAGCAUCAGCAUGCCCCCCACCACCACCAACAGCAUCAGCAGCCAGGUCUGCAUGAGUCCAACGGAGACAUCAACAGCUCCUACCUCUACUACAACUCACGGCCCCCCAGCAACGAACAGCAUCGUGCGUCCACGCUGGAGAGGAGAACAGUGCCGCACAGUAAUAGCAGUACAUGGUCGUAUCAGCCUCCUCCCGCCCCCGUCAUAACGGAGCAGCCCAAAGCUCAGCACUUCCAGCCGUUCGACAAAGGCUACCCGAAAACAUUGGAGUCUCUCGCUGAAAAGGUACACUCGUUCUACCCGAACUCGGGCACGACGCCUCCACCGCGACGCAUGUCGACGACCAGCUCUACGACUCGACUCUCGUCGCUGCAGUCGCAGUACUAUGGCACGGGUGGCAGGGGGUCGGGAGGAGCCAGUGCACGACUCAUGCCACGAUCCGGAUCCGACCAGCAUUUGCCGCGAGUUGAGUCGUACGACUACGGUUCAAUGCGCCAAACACACAGCCUCCUGCGCUCGAGCCUGAAACCGUCGGGUAGUAGCGGCUACUCCAGCGGCGGCGACGGUCGCAGCGUUCUGGGAACAGGGGGCGGAGGUGGCAGCGUUCUGGGAUCUGGCGCAGGCAGUAGCCGGUACACCAGUGGAGGCUACUCAUCGGCCACUCUGUCGCGUCGGCACCACAAUCAGCGCACCCUGGACUACGCCAGUGACACUGAGGCAACGUGUGGACCCUCGCAUCGCUCCAGUUACGGGUCGUCGUCCGGGAGUUACUACUAUCACCGGCAGACGCCCCAACACAAUAUAUCCGGUGUUUCAACAAUGUCUCGAAUAGGCUCGGGCGUGAGUGGCGGCUCCAGUCUCACCAACCCUCGCAUCAGUCUCAGAUCCAAUUCUCUGCCGCGCGACAGUCGUGGGUCACGCAGCCAUCAGCAAAUUCCCUCGCUUGCUCAGCCAAGUCGACAACUGGUGAGCAACGUGAGAUUUGACCGCGAAACGCGAAGCCUUCUCGAUCAGGAUGACAGCGACGGAGCUCUCUCAGCGCCAGAGAUGUCAGUCACCAGGAGAAAAGAGAGAGUUCGGUUGCCAUCAUCGCCGAGUGUGUUCACAGCUGACGAGUACCGCGCCUGGUUGUCGCGUGCGCCCUCCACUAGCGCCAUCUACGACCGCAUCCGCGCCGCCCAGGGUUCGGGCACCACUUCUCUCAGCAGCAUCAAGGGUCAGCGCGCGCAAAGAUUCACGUUCAGCGCUGAGAAUCUGCCCGAACGCACUAGACAGUCGGAACUGCUUUACCGCCCAGGGCAGCUAGCAGUGAGCCUAGGAGCCGGUGGCGGCACAGGGGGCAUGGGCCCCCUAGGCAGCGGGGGCACGUCGACCCUGGACCGACACACGCUGGCCACUCGGUCGACAUCACUGAGACGCAUGCGUCACCUGCUCGAGCUGGAGGCCAAGCAUCUCGGCAUGAGCACGGGGGGCGCCAGGACGCCCGACUCCAUGCAUGCCGAUCGCGCCAGGGUCUUGGAGAUCAAUCCGGCUGAGUUCCUAAAGUAUAAGGUGGACAAACCAACGGGUGUAGUGGACUGGAGGCAAGCACCGGCCGUGUCAGGUCUGCUGUGGGUUCACCUCCUGGCUGGUCGUGGGUUGCGAACCUCCACCUCUACCUCUGGCUCCCAGACAUCCAUUGCGGGCGCAGUGAGCCAACCGCAAUCAAGUGGCAGCGGUAUGCGCGACUUGUACUGUGUGCUAGAGUGUGACCGCGUGCAUAAGGCGCGCACAGUCGUGCGAACGGGCGACCUCGUCUUCGACUGGGACGAGACCUUCGAGUUGGACCUCGUCGACAACCGCGAACUCGAUCUGCUCAUCUACAGCUGGGACCCCCAGUUCAGGCACAAACUCUGCUACAAGGGAUCAGUUCACCUGGCAACACUGCUCCGCGACUCGCCCAUCCACCAGCUGGCCCUGAAGAUCGAACCUCGCGGCACCCUGUACCUCCGCCUCAGGCAUACCAACCCCUACCACACCUUCCUCCGCAAGUCCAAGCAGCACCUCCUUCUCUCCACUCGAACCAUGGGCAAGUCUCUCUCCUCAGGUAUAUUUGGUGCCGACCUAGAGAGCGUAGUGAACAGAGAGAACCUGACUGGCGGUGUGCCGGGGGGCGUAGCCACUUCCGUUACCAUGGCAACACAGAGUGCGCUCAUAGCUUCCGUUCCGAUCAUUGUCAGACGGUGUGUCGAGGAGAUCGAAAGGAGAGGCCUUGAUAUUAUCGGUUUAUAUAGGUUAUGUGGCUCUGCAACGAAAAAGAGAAUAUUGCGAGAGGCCUUUGAGAGGAAUGCGCGAACAGUGGACCUCUCGCCUGACAACGUGCCUGAUAUUAACGUUAUUACCGGUGUUCUGAAGGACUACCUGAGAGAGCUACCUGAGCCCCUGUUCACGAAAUGCCUCUACCAGAUGCUGGUCGAUGCUCUCAGUGUUUGUCUUCCCGACGACCCAGAAGGCAACGCAAAACUCAUGUUCUCCAUACUCGACUGUCUACCAAGAAUUAAUCGGGCGACGUUGAUCUACCUGAUGGACCACUUGGCGCUGGUGGUGACGCAAUCCGAGCAAAACAAAAUGUCGCCGCAGAAUUUGGCCGUCUGCUUCGGACCAAUCCUGACGCUGCAAUCGGAAUGUGAGGACAAACAGCUCGACUUCAUGCAGCCAAUCCAUGUCGUUCGCUACCUGCUCGAGAUCUGGCCAAUCAAGUCAGUUCGGGAGCUGUUGACCGCAUCUCCGCAGUCGCAGCCAUUGCAGCCGCAGCCGCAGCCGACGCAGCCGCAGCUGCCGCCAGCUGCGCCGCCAGUGAGGCCGCCCAAGGCGAGUGCGGGCCAACAGCCACCGCCUCCGCCCUUGCCGCUCAAGCCGAGUGGCUUCAAGCCUCCCGGGCCCGUGCCUACCCCUUCCAAGGGCAUUCGACGCCCGCCACCCGCUAUUCCCGUGCGGCAGGGUAUUCCAGGUCCAGUGGUCGUCGCCUCCCCCACCAGUGACGAAUCAUCAACAGAUGCGGAUGGAGACGCAGACGAAACGCUGAGUCAGGGCUCUGUAAAGCGGGCGCCUCCACGUGUAGAGCCCCGCAGACCAGCACCUGCCGUUCUGCCGGCUAGGGGGCCUCCCAACGGGGGGGCACCUCCCCAGAUACCUGCACGCAUGCCAAAUGUGGCCGCAGCCGGCUAUACCACCUCUGACAACAAAACCACUGCCUACCAUCCAACUUCUGACACCAAAAACGGAUACCAAAAUGGGAAGAAUGGAGGAUAUCAAGAUGUCAAGAAUGGAGGGUACCAGAUGCAAGAUGUUAAAAAUGGAGGAUAUCAGGAUUCCAAGAAUGGAGGUUACCAGAUGCAAGAUGCCAAGAAUGGACGAUAUCAGGAUAGCAAGAAUGGAGGGUACCAGAUGCAAGAUGCCAAGAAUGGACGAUAUCAGGAUAGCAAGAAUGGAGGGUACCAGAUGCACCACACUGCAGACACUAAAAACGGGUAUCAGAUGCAGGACCCCAAAACUGCUGCCUACCAUCCCACACCUGAUACCAAAGACCACAAACCCCAACCUUGUCUCAACCCCUUCCUGGACCCCGCCUUCAUGGACGACCCCAACCUCAAAACAUCCCCCCAGAAGUCCUCUUCGCCAUCCCCAUCCUAUGAUUUCCGCAAACAGAACAGUGGUGACUCGGUGGUGAAUGCUGGUGGUGUCGGUGGUGACAUUGAGGCGGAGACGCCCAGCUCGUCGACUGGCACCGAGGAGGACUCCAGGAAGGAGGCGGGGGAGAGAGGGGCCGAUGCAGAUGCUGAUGCUGAGGGCAGCGAUGAUGAGGAGAAUGAUGACGAUGAUGAUAUCUGCUUGAAGUAGAAUGCCGCACAUCACACAAACAAUCAUUCCAUUGUAUUCAACUCUCUUUUGCAUGUGGUCAGCUAUUGAUGAAACAGUUCAAAAUGGAAGCAUUCAAAAGUGAUGGAGCUGUCUCACAAAAUUAGAUUGUUUUAUUUGUUCAGUCAGAGAGUCUGGAAUUAGUUGAAAAACUGGGAGCAUUAAGAAAUAAUAUAGAGCAGUCUAAAAAAUUCUAUUGUUUCAUUGUAUUCACUGAAUGCUCUUUUCUAAAUGUUCAGUUGAAGAGUCUGUAAAUACUUGAAAACUGGGAGCAUUAAGAAAUUUAUGUGAAAAGAAUAACUAUCACAAUUUUCUGUCAUGGGAGAUUGUGGUUAUGUCUGCUGAGUAGAGCUUCCCCACAAUUCAAGCAAUAUGCUAACAACAUUGAGAAUAAUAUAGAAAAUUCUCACAAAAUUCUACUGUUUCAUUGUACUGGACGCUCCUUUAAAUAUGUUACAGUAUUCAGUCUGGACAUAGUUGAAAACUGGGCGAGAAUUAAGAGAUAAUAGCCUAUAGAGGAGCAGUCUUACAAAAUUCCAUUGUUUCAUUGUAGUGAAUGCUCUUUUUUGUGCAGUUUGUUGAAGACUUUUGAAAUGGUUAUCAAUCUGGGGACAGUAUUCCUUACAUAGGAAGCUGCUAUGCAAGAGUCUUGAAUAAGUGUGAUUGAAAAAUUUAAAAAUUCACUUUUCAGACUUGCCUUUUUCACUCGUAAUUUUCUCAUUUCUCAAACAUUUCUCAUGUCUCCUGCAUGUAUAGUAUGUUAUUUUAUCAGUGACCACCUAAUUGAAUUAAGAAGACUGAAUGGAGAUUCUGAAUAACAUACAUUAUCUCAAACAUAACAGAGUACUGGGCGGAUCUAUCUCAACUUAACAACAAAUAUCAUAAUUAAUAACCACUGGUUAUUUGCAUGAUCCACUGGUUUUUUUCUUGGGUAAACAGCCUACAUAACAUUUUAUUAAACAAUUAUUCAAAAAACUGACAGUAUAUUAUUAUAAUAUUGUUUCUCGAACUGUAAUAAUUAAAAUAUAAAUACAGUCAUUGAAUAAAUAUUAAUUUGGGCGUGCAAUUUUAACAAUUCGGUAAAUUCCAUAAUUUCCAUUACCGUAAUUAUUUAUUACUUGAUCAAAAGUAACAAUACACGUUUGCUUUUAAACAGUGGACAUGAUUAAUCCGUGAUAUAAUACCGUUUAGAUUACGGCACUCAGGUUCAAAUCAUUUUUCUAAUAUUACCGUAAAAGGAUAUUGUCAUCGAUCAAAAGUAAAUCUAUAAUUAUUUGUGAUGGAAAGCCAAAUUUAUAUUCCGCAGUAUUUUCAACUGAGAGAAACCUUUCUGGUGAAAAUUUAGCAAGUUUUUCAUCCUUUUUCAAUGGAAUUAUUCAAAAAAAUUUAGGAAAAUAAAGACAAGACUUGAACAAUAUUUUGAGGUAAUAAACUCACCACCAUUCAUGACAGCGUUAUUCUUAUCAUAAAGAAUAUUAAUGAUACUAUAAUCUAGAAAAAAUUAACUACUAUAGUAAUACACUGCCAUUCUGAAUCUACCUAUCAGCUUAGUAUUACAAUUGAUUGUACUGCAAUUCUGUAAUUGUUACCGUCAUUGACUGAAAUAUUUAACUAUACUAAUCAAUAGCCAACAAUUACCACAAUUUCUCCAUUUUAUUUCACUAUAAUUAUUCAUUUAUUUUGCUGUUUAGAAUUUAAACUUUCAGGAACCAUCUACCUCCAGAAAUUAUGAUUUCCUAAUUUCAUUUAAUUUUACUGUGUAGUAGGUCUAUUUAUUUUAUAAAAUUUUUAUAAUGAUUUAACAGUAGAAUUUCGUCUAUAGUAUUAUUUUUACCACUAGUUUUUGGGUAUCUCGUCUAGACUAUUCGACGCUCCCUCUUUUAUCCGACCAAAUUAAGCUUACAAACUUAAUCCUUUUCGAGAUUGAUACAAUAUUAUUCUCCUAAGACAGUAUUACCGUUCGUCUGACUAGGAAAAGUUUUCAAAUUUCUCAUCUUCUCUAGAAUUAAUUAAUCGCCUAGAUAUGCAAAUUGUUCAUAAGAAACAUAGACCAGUGUGAAUAAUCUGUAAAUAUAAUAUAGCUUUACAUUUACUAGGUAACAUAACUUGAACGUAUCUAACGCGAAACCUAAACGAAACUAACGUUUGAAACAUUGUAAGUUACGCUUCUAUUGAAAAGUGUUGAAAGUACAUUGAGCAAUUAUAGAAAUGAAAUCGGAAACUUGAGAGCAUAAUUAUUCGAGGUCUUGUGAAUAUGAAACAUUCAAAUGAACAUAAAAUUUCCAAUAAUUAAUACCGUUCCACAAAUUAUCACGUAAUUUUGAUCAUUUCUAGGAGCAAAUAUUAUUAUUUUGACUAUUCCAUACUUUGUUAUAGAUAAAACUAAAUUCCAUUCCCUAGUUUUAUAGUCUAUCUAUUUUAAAUGUCCAUCUUCGAUUCCUUGACAAUCGUAGAUCAAAAAUAUAUCACAAGGAAAAAUUCCAAAAUGAGUUAUUUCUAAGAUUCAUUUCUGGUCUUGUAAAAUAUUUUCAAAUUACUCAAAGAGUGCUAAAUUUGCAUUCCAUUGUAACGUUAACCUAUACUGAAAUUGGUACAAUUUACUAUUCAUUCGAUGAAGUACCUUGGAAACUUUCGCAUUUAAACUUGUUUCUACCUAUCUUAAUUCAAAAGACAUGGAAUUUCACCAAAAAUAUUUGAUAUUUGAAAUAUUUACAACGAAAAUAAUUUUUUGGAAUGAGAUUCGAACACCAAAAAGAGCAAGAAUAGUAAAGGCAAAAUUAAGGAAUCUUUUCGACUUAACUUAGAGUCACUACUGUCAAUUUUACGGAAAAGUAUUAUCGUAUUGUAAAUAUGAAGCCUGUUCAAAAAUAAUGACCGUUUAACUAUAGUAAACAAUUGAUUGUGUAUACAGAAUAUCUAUUAAAAUAUGUAGAGAUCUUUAUCUAGUCAAUAAGUCGAGAUGUAUGUCUCAAAACGCAUUAAAACAGUGUGGAGCUUCGGUCUGUGUAUUUAAUGUAAAAUUUCGAGAUAAAAUAAAUUAUUAGAUGAUGCAUCGCCAAUGCUUCACAAUAUUAAUGUUGACGAUAUUAUAAAAAACAUAUCAGUGUAUACAUGUUUAAGUGCAUUAGAUGAUUGAGUGUAAUGUGAUUUCUGUUUUCAUGAAUGUAAUUUAUGCUUUUAUCAAUGCAUUUGAGUGUGAAAAUUUACGUCAUGGGAUUUUAUGGUUAUAACGAUCUAAAGAAAAUUACUCAAUUAUCAUGAUUCAAGAAAAUUCUAGAAUUUCUUACACCCAAAUUAUUUCAUAAAAUAUACAAUUUUCUAGCAAAAUUGAGAUAUUCAAAGUAUUACAAUUUGAAUUAAUUCUUUUAGGAUAAAUAAAUGAUUAUUCAUGUAUCAAUCGAUGAAUACUCAUUUUAUUUUUAUUCAUUUAUAGAAUCACAAAUCUUAAUAGGCUUUACAUGAUGUUAAAGAAUGUUAAAAAAUGUUAUUAGAAUAUUACUGCAAUCCUCACUCAUUGGAUGUGACUUUGAAGAAUAAAUCAAGUUAAAACUGAUUGUAAUAUUUGAAAAUGUUCCUCACACUAUUUUAAAAAUCACAAAUUAUUGUUCUUAAGUAUUACACUAGCAAUUUCCAUGGGAGAAAUAUUCUAAUUCACAGUUUUUAAUUGGUAACUAAUUACCUUAGUGAAAUAUCAAGUUCUAAAUUCAAAUGAGUUUUGGUUUAACAUGUUAAUGGUUUUUUUUAAAUCACAUUUAAAAAGUGUGGAAAAUACAUUUGUUUUAGAUUUCACAAUUGGCUUAUUAUCGUUUAAAAGGAAUUUAGCUCUGAAAAGCAUAAUUUCUACUCUGUUGAAUUAAAUAUUUUCUAUUAUUGGAAUACAUUUUAUAUUUGCAAGAUCGUUGCAUCCAUCAAUCCCUUGACUUUACAUGGAUUUGUGUCAAAUUAUAGAAAGAAUUGUUUUGAAAAAUCACAUUCUAAAAAAUCCGGCUAUUUCAAUGCAAAUCUCUUCAAUUUAUGUAGUUAAAAGGUUUUUUUUUGCUCUACAAUAAAUUCUUAAUAUAGCUCAACAACAAUUUAUUUUACAAAGUAUGUAUUAUCUUUAUCGCUUGCUGUUCAAUCCUGUCAAAUCAAUUCAAAUGUUUAUUCGAAGUAUACUUGUCAACGUUUCAAGACAUUUAUUAACAAAUCUCUCCAAUUUGAUACAAAACCGUUUUGUUUAGAGUUGCAUGAAUUAUGUGUAUGAAAUGAUGUUUCUGCAAUAUGUAGGUUUAUCAGUUAUGAAACGAGAUUUUUGACAGUUCACAUCAUGAAUACUUUACAAAUGUAAACACCUUUACAGAUUAAUCAUGAAACUUUGAAUAUGCUGAAAAAGUAACAUCUCAUGGUGAAUGAUUUUAUCUAAAACCAUGUCACAUCACUUUUAUCCUGGUAGUAAAUAUAAAUACAUCGCUGCAAUAUUUAGAUAAUACAAUUUUUAAAUCCAGUAUUACAAACAUUUAUCAGUCUUAAUCUUACUAGAUAUAUCUCUAUAUUUCCAUGGAGUUUUUUAUAUUAUAUCUGCCAAUCUCAAUAAUCUAUAAGUAGGCCUAUCCGCUGCGACUCGUAAAUCUAUUCAUUCAAAGAUCAAAAACUAGCAAGUCCGGAAAACCUUAAAGUUUAUUAUUGUAAUAGGUACCUACAUUAUCUUUAUCAUGUUCCAUUGUUUGUUUUCAAAUUUUAAUCAAAUUAUGUUGAAUUAUCUCUUGAAUGCACCUAGCAAUAAAUAAAGUUUGCGGAGUUUACGACAAUGAUCCUGAAUUUUUGAGCAAUCUAUUUUAGUUUACUUACUUUACUUUACUAUAAUACUUAAUUUUAACUUUUGAAGAAAAUAAUUUUAUAUUUUUCUUUCAAAUUGCAUGAAUCUACAACUUUACUCAGUUCUAAUUGGUGCUAAUUGUAAGUGAAAGCUUGUUCACAAAAUAAUAAAGGCCGCUAUAUCACGGUAUAUUAUCAACUCAAUUUCGUUUUUAUGAAGAUUAAUCAGAUAUUGCAUCUUGAAGCUUAUUGAUUGUACAACUUGGCUUGAUUAGAGAUCAAUCUAAGGUCAAUCGAAGACUGAUUAUAAUUUUACAACUUAGUUUAAUCAGAUAUCGCCCAUUGUCCUUUCACUAAUUGCAUUUAAUAAACAAUUGUGCAACUAAAAUUGUCAACAACUAACACCUUACAUAAUACCCAAUUGUGCUACUAAUGUUACUAAAAACAUCAUUCAUUUUUUAAUGAUUUUACAACUGACCGAUCAAAUUUAAUCUUUCUAAAACCAAUACCCAAAACACUUAUUUCAUGGAAUAAGAUAAUAAAUCACAUUCAUUUCAUUUUUUAAUAAUGAAGUAGGCUACAUUUUUAUUCAUUUCUAAACGUAAAGUAUCUGUGAGGUGAACUGUCAAUAAUUUCGCUGGUGCACUAGGAGUAGGGUAGUGUUAGAAUUAGAUAGAUUUAUAUUGUUGGAAAUUGUCACAAACUGUUGGAGUUCUACAAGGCUUUCUCGAAUAUUUGGGGCAUCAGCCAAUAAAAUAAUGAAAGUGAUAUCAGUCCACCAAUCAAAUUCACCUUAUAGUAUAUGUCAAACUUUAAAUCAUUACAAAAAUCAAACUUUUCAUCAUUAAAAUAGAGACUGGCAAAAUACAUUACAAAUAGGAAUUUGCUAUUAAUGUCUGUGAAAUUGUGUUGCUUAGAUGGAAUCUUAGUCAGUUUAAUCAUUUAAGUGGAAUUUGAAGUGUUCUAAUAUAUUAUGUCGUUCAGUUAUCCAACACUUUGUAACUUCAUCGAUUUUACAUUUUCAACUCACAUUUCAAUAAAAGUAGUCCUUUGUUUUUUAUCCACUCUUCCAUUUCAUAAAAGAAGAUUUUCCUCCUUUAUAAGAUGAUUUCAUUAUUUAAUUUGAAAUAACUAACGUAAUAAAUCUUCCAAUACAAUGCUUUCCUUUAUAUAAAGUGCUCUCCCAAACGACCUAUUCUAAAAAAUUGUAUAUUAUAUACUUCACAUCUAAUAAAACUAGAAGUAAUUGAGAAAAGAUUUAAGACUAGAUCGAAAAGAUUUGAGAAUUUAAUAAGAUUUGGAAAUUGGAAUAAUUGCCAGUAAACAAAUUAGAGUUCUUCAAGAGCUAUAAUCAAGUGUUCAGCAACCUCUGGAACCUUUGAUGAGCUCUAAUCGAUGCUCCGGUCUUGGGUUUGAUUCCCAUUUCAGUUGGCAAUCAUCAUCCAUCCACGCACAAGUCUUAGACGUAAGAGAGCUCAACGUUCAUCCAUAAAAAUAUAAUAUAUUGCAACUACUCUGAUAACGAUUAAAAACUUCUGAAUUAAAGAAGUGUCUGAUAUCAUGAAUAUAUUGCAACUAGGUACUCUGAUAACGAUUAAAAAAUUAUGAAUGAAAGAAGUGUCUGAUAAUAAAAAAUGGUAUUGUUCUAGCUUUUUGAAAUUUGUUAAAUAACAAAUUUAUCAGAAUUCAAAUUCCAACUUAUAAAAAAAGUUUUCCAAGUCUUUGGCUAAUAGUUGAUGAGCAUGUUUGCCCUCUAAUAUUCUAACAUAUUUUUUGUAGGUCCUAGUUUUCAACUAGUAACGGUUCAAUAUUCAAUGUGAAACGAUCACUUAUAUUAUUUCUAUUGGCUGAGCUCCUUUGAUUUUCUGGGAACUUGUAUGCAUUAUAAUUGUAUUUAGAUGUAAGCUAACAAACCUUACCUUAGAAUUAGGAAAGCUCAACGGCUUAUCCUAAUCAACACUCAUUAGCAAUAAGAAUUUGUGUUAAAGCACUCUAACUUGUUUAUAAUUGAUGAAAUUCAAGCAUAAAAUGUAUAAUUCGAGCGUAUACUAAUGUAUUAUUAUAUAUCAUAAUAUUUAUUGAAUAGAUAAGUUAAUUGGAGACAGAACUAUACCUACGGUAUCAUAAAUUAAUAAUAAAUUGGCAUUUUUGUGAGUAGAAAAUUACGCAUUUGUUCCAAAAAUAUAUUAUAUGAAUAUAAUUGUGUUAUAUUGAUAUAAUAUAUAGAUACAACAGAAAAUUUCGAAUUAAAAUUCGCGUCUUUCUCAUCUAUGAGUUUGAAACUGCCAUCUUUAAUUAUAGAUUGUACUAUAAUAUAGAUAUCAUCAAUAAGUUAAUGAGUAAUAUAGAUAAAUGGGCUGACAACUAAUGAGGAUUAGUGACUAUAUUCUAUUAGAAUGAAUCUAAUAUGACUGAAUUAUUUGAGUAACUGAGACUACUUCUAACUGUAGUCUAUUUAUCUUUGUGCAUAACAAACACACUAUUUCAGACUCGAAAGCCAUCUUUUAUCACCAUAAAAGAUACUGAAAAAUGUCUUCUCUUUGAACGUCCAGUUCAUUAUUCAAUUAAGAAUAGGAAAGAUUGUAAAAAAUCUAAAAGCAAAUUUUCAGAUGAAAUUUUGCUUCUGAGAAUGCCUAAAAGUAGAACACAAUGGAUGUCAAUGUAGCCUGCACUGUCAUCAGAAUACAGGCUUAUAAUCACGAAAAUUAAUUUCCUUUUAGUAAAAAAUCCUCGUUAGUUGUUUUUUGUUCUCAUUUAAGUUGAAUCUGCUUCUCGAUGGUGAAUUACAGCAGAUCAAUCAUAACUAUUAAAGAUAAAGUAUUUAAAAACUAAUUCAUGUAUAAAGUUGAAGUAUAUUUGUAUGUAUAUUGGUUGCAAACGUGAUCAAUGUAUAUAAAAGAGUAGAAUUUGUUUACAUAUGUUAGUGUUGUAGAAAAGUAUAUAAACGAAACUACAAAAACAAAACUAUUUAGAUUAUUGUUUUAUAUGAAAUAAUUGGAAUAAAAGUAUUGUUUUUCUUGUGUAAAACUACUCAAGAGAAACCCUUAAUUAAUGUGCUUAACUGUAUGGAACCGCUGUUUAUUGUAACUGUUAAUUUUUUUAUCAUAUAAUAAUUGUCAUCAGUAACAAGAAUUAUAAAGUGACAUUUAAUGAGAACAAUACAAUCUAUGUUACCGUGAGAAUUGAUUUUCUACCGACGUUUUUUACUAUAAUAUUAUUGUCUUCUAUAAAAUUGAAAAGAAACUUCAUUGCUUAUCAACGUAAUCUAUUGGUAGAUAGGAGUGUCUGUACUGGUACGGUAAUUUAAGGAAAUAAAGAAUUAUGAAAUAAUUGUUAAGAAAUCAACAUUUCGUUUGUCGAGCUCAAUCUGUUUUAUUAGUAAUUGUUAUUGCAAAUUAUUUAAAUUGUUAAUGUUGCACGGUUCUUAUGUGCUUUAGUUGUUCUUGAACUAUGAAUUAUUAUUCAAUAAUCCACCAUUCAUUUAUUUAUCUGUGAUUUACUUCUCGGUUCCUUGGUACAACAAUAUUGAUUUUUCUAUUGAUUAAUUAUAUUUAUAUUAGGUAGUUAUACCUCUUUUCAAUUUUGUUAUGUUUGUUUACCAUAUACUAUUUGAUAAUUUAUUGAUCUCUUUCUAGUCUUAUUUUUGUUUGAUAUAGUGACAGUUGACAUCCAGAUAAGUGAGCUUAGAUAGAGAAGCAAGAGUAACUUACCAAAGACUAUGGUUAAAAUGAAAACUAUUAUAUUUGUUAUUUGUUGGCACAAUUACACUUAGUUCAAAUAAAUAUUCAGCGAAUAAAAUGACUGCGAAAUAGUA